UUGGCGUGUACAAGUAUAAUUGCUGAGGUAUUGGGCAUGGGAGUGAAUGAUUGUUACAGUGAUUUGAUCGCAGCAAUUCGUCCAUUGCAGAGGACAACACUGACGUCCUCUGAUUGGCUACUGCUCGUCACCUUUUUGUAGUUGGCCACCACGUGAACCAAAAAGUAGAUCAUUUCGGAGCUCAAGGACCUUUUUCUUCUCCGAUUUGACCAUUCUAGGGAUCAAUAGCUGUAGAAAUUUCGAAACUGCGCUGAAUUUUGGAGGUUAAUGCGAUGAAAUUGGAGGCUCUGCCCAAGGGGUUCCGCUUCCGGCCCACGGACGAGGAGCUCGUCAACCAUUAUUUGAGGCUCAAGAUCAACGGCCGCCAUUCCGCUGUUGAUGUCAUCCCUGAGAUCGACGUCUGUAAAUGGGAGCCCUGGGAUCUCCCUGCACUCUCCGUUGUAAAAUCCGAUGACCCAGAAUGGUUUUUCUUUUGCCCCCGCGAUAAAAAAUAUCCAAAUGGGUAUCGUUCUAAUAGAGCCACAGAAGCUGGUUACUGGAAAGCAACAGGAAAGGAUCGUACCAUAAAAUCUCGCAAGUCAUCCUCCGAAGGUCACUCCCACUCACAUGUGAUUGGAAUUGGAUUGAAGAAAACUCUAGUGUUUUAUAGGGGUCGUGCUCCAAAGGGUGAACGGACAAAUUGGAUAAUGCACGAGUAUCGUGCCACUGAGCCAGAUCUUAAUGGCACUGCUCCUGGACAGGGUGACUAUGUCCUAUUCCGCUUGUUCCACAAGGCAGAUGAGAGGCUUGACAAUUGGAAAUGCAGUGGAGUCAAACAUAUGGGCUCAGUCCCUUGUACAUAUAAAUCUUCUCCGGAUGAUGUAUCUUCAGAUGUGUUUCGAGAGACAUCAAUGCUGGAUAUGCAAAUGGUUGAGGAAUCGGAAGAGGUAAAGAAGUGGUUGAAAGAUCCAGCUGAUUGUCAGACUCCUACUAACCUAGCACCUGUUGAAAGCUGUGUAUCUGAUGGUAUUGAUCAUUCAGGAGAAGAAACAGCAAUGGAGGUGUCUCUGCCUCUGCAAACCAAUUCAAUGUCGGAAGGAGCCACAUACAAUCAAUUUAAUAACGUGGACUUAGGUGCCCUUCACUCACACAGUUAUGAAGAUUUGGUGUCUCCCAUUGGUUCACCCUUUGCUGCUGACUUUGGCUAUGAAAGAAAUGGAUUUCAUUUCCAAGAUGGCACUUCUGAACCGGAUGCAUCCCUUUCAGAGCUAUUGAAAGGCCUUCAAAACCAUGGAAACUGCUUCUACGAAGCCUCCACUAACCACAAGACCUAUGAUCCGAGCGAGAACUUUUUUCCUAGCUACAUUGAUGAUCCAAUGCAUGCACCACUUGCAAUUUGUCAGGAUGACCAAUGUCCAAGCUUUUCCACCGAUCAUUCCCCUUCUUGCCAUGCUGCUGAAGAAAUGGAUUCUUUAGCAAAUACAUUUGGAGGAUCAUUCCUUAGACGAAUUGAGACAUUUUGCUACCCUAUUUCAGGCAAAGAUGAUAAUUUCCCUGUUAGUGAAACUGGAAUCAAGAUUCGAUCUCGCCAGCCACGAAAUCCACCAAAUUUGAUGAACUAUGCAUCCCAGGGAACUGCUCCAAGGCGAUUGCGCCUUUGGUUGAGUCCCAGACCAGAGUCCAAGUAUAACGACAGAUCCAAGGACGAUGAAUCACAAUCACUUAGCAAACAGGAUGCCGAGAUUGCCCAUAAAAGUGAUCCAAACUUAGCCACAAAACAUGGACAAAACAGCAGGGUGAGAACGCCCUCGCCUAAAAAAUCAGGACUCCUAUCUGUUCGCGGAGGUGCAGGCGCUAUGAAAGUGUAUGUCGUGGGUGUAUACAUAGCUAUAAUCCUAUCAGUUCUUAUUGGGAUAUGGAUAAGCCCCAAGCUGCAGCUCUACAAGGUGACUGAGCCACAUGCUUUUCCUGUAUAAAUUUAGUUCGUGUAGAGGGAGACAUAAUGUUGUAUUAUGACUAUGGCGUUGUUUAAGAAGUUCUUUACUUUCUCA